GCAGUUAGCAGUCUGUCUGUUGGAGCGCCGCUCGGUGCUAAACUGAUUCAUGUUGUUUUUUUAGCCACACGUCCCUUUAAACUUGACUAUUUUAUCGAAUAAUGAGUGAUAACGAUGACAUCGAAGUCGAUAGUGACGAAGAAUCACCGAGAUAUCACUGUGUGGCAGACAAACGGGCACACCACAAUGCGCUGGAGCGCAAACGUAGGGACCACAUCAAAGACAGCUUUCACAGCCUUCGGGACUCGGUACCCGCCCUGCAGGGAGAAAAGGUUGGUAAAGCUCAGCCUGGGGAUCCUCCAGGCUCACAAAUGAAGGUCACUAAUCAGUCUACCAAACAGGCGUCUAGAGCUCAAAUCCUAGACAAAGCCACAGAGUACAUCCAGUACAUGAGGCGAAAAAAUCACACACACCAGCAGGACAUCGACGACCUGAAGAGGCAGAACGCCCUGCUGGAGCAACAAGUGCGCGCUCUGGAGAAGGUAAAGGGCUCCACCCAGCUGCAGGCCAACUACUCAUCGUCCGACAGCAGCCUGUACACCAACCCCAAAGGCAGCGCCGUGUCGGCCUUCGACGGAGGCUCCGACUCCAGCUCCGAGUCUGAGCCCGAGGAGCCGCCCAACAGGAAGAAGCUGCGAGUGGAGGCCAGCUAGACGGGGCCCACUCUGCUCAGUUCUGGUGCAAAGGGGCCGUGGCGGCGGGGGGGCACGAGAGGUUUACGGGAGGGGGGGGUCCAGGUGAGAUGAAAAUGCAGCCUUCGAAGCUCUCGAGGCUCAUCAGCUGUUUCCCAACCCCCCCCACCCCUUCCCUCGCCAUGCCAACAACAACCACCACCACCCACAGGCCUCCCUCACCGUCCUCCUCCUUCUCUCUCCUCCAUCUCUGGGUGGACUCGCACUGGAGACUCAUGACCCCCCCCCCCCCCCCCCCCCCCCCCAAGACCCACACCCCGCCACAAUCGUCCCUCUCUCCACCCGGUCUCCAAGAACAGGAGGGAGGAAGCCAGCCGGGAGGAAGACGACCGCUUCGAUCCAUCUAGAGAGCUUCAGGUUUUUUCCCAUCUCAAUACACCCCGUCCCCCAAUCUCCCCCCCUCUUUUCUUUUGGUUCUCCGUCAUUGGUAUCUCCCCCCUAGCAACGUCAACAAUCCAAAACCCAAAAAGAGGCAGCUUGGCUACUUACGGACUUGAUGCUUUUUUGUACCCUCAAUGUAGCCCCCUCCUCCUCCUCCUCCCCUACCUGGGGUGGGUUUUUUUUUUUUUUUUUUUUUUUUUUGGGGGAGGUACGGGUGCGCCAGGUGUACUCCUCCAAGCACUGCUAUAUUAUUAUAUUUUUUUUGUUUUUGUUUUUGUUUUGUUUUUUUUGUUAUUCUUGAUAAAAACCUGUUUAGACUUUACACACACACACCUAGAUAUAUAUAUUAAAAAAACUCGUCCUGGAGAAGUUUACCUUUUUCAAAACAAACAAACAUAAAAAAAAAGAAAACAUUUGUAGCUUACUUUUUCCACUUAAAGAAUGUGAAGACGCUUGGAAGCAAAUGUUAAAGUGAUAACCCACCUCAGGCCCACCGGAGCGCAGAGGUUUUCUGUCUUGACCAGGCCCACCGGAGCGCAGAGGUUUUCUGCCUUGACACGUUUGUUAACACACACACACAAAAAAAGAAAAAGAAAAUAUGACUCCUUUGUUGAAAAUUGAUGUUUUGAAAGAGAAUAUUCCUAAACUUGUAUCGUAUUUUGUCCUUUAGCUUGAAGUAGUGAAUGACUUUAGGUGGCUGAAUACGUUAGGCAUCUCGUUUUAUAUAUUAUUAUUAUUAUUAUUAUUAAUAAAAAAAUGCCUUGAUUGGAUGUUUUCAAGUACAAACAAGUAUGUUAUGCAUUUUGUAGUAAUUUCACAAGUCAUGGGGAAGAAGAAGAAAAAAAAAAGAAGCCAAUUUGUCAUUUGUAGUUCUCCUUUAUUAAGGGUAUGAAAAUAGGUAUUUGAAUGUCAAAAAGUUAGCUCCCGUCUUUUUGCAGUACGAGGGGAAAAGGCGAAAAUGAGUCCCUGUCGAUGUGUUGUGCUUUACACGGUAAAAAUCAAUGUUGCUGAAUUAACCCCUCCCUCUCCACACCCAAGGAAAAAAAGGAAGCAUUUUGCGUGUCUAGGAAACGUGUGUGUGUAUGUAUAUUGUUUCCAUUUUAUUUCCAUUUAGGAGGAUAUAAUUAGUGUAAUAGGUCUUUGUUUGUCCGAUUCCAUUCCAUGGAAAUUACAAGUAUGUUGUACAUACUGCCAACAAUUGUCUUGCAAGUUGAGGCCUACCUUUACUAUGAGACUAUAAAAUAAACUAUUUUAUCCUUUAACAAUGAUGCCUGUGGUUAUUUAGCUUAAGUAUGAAAGUGUCGCCUGUACA